UGAAUUACUUUAAUUAGUCAUAAUUACAGAAAUUACAUUUUUUUCGCUUUUUUUUGCAACGUGUGUCAAAAUUAUGUUAAUACCAAUCGACAAGUAUGGAGACAAAAAUCACCAGAUUAAUGAAUUUGGCAAGAAUUUCGGCUUUACAUUUUACAUUCUUUUUUAAAAAAGAGCGUCUAUACAACAAAAAUAAUUAUAAUGCAAUUUAUCAUUUUCGCUUAAUUGUUUCUGUGUCAGUAGACGCUCAAGCGGAUCUCCCCACCUGAUCUGUCAAAGAGUGAGGUUAUAUUUUUAUUUACACUUUUUAUAAAUUUAACAUCGUUUCAACCCUUUUUGCGUCUCCUAACUGUAUUAUUUAACGUAUCCACCCGGUGACGUAAAAACAAACUAAAAACUUUUUACAUAAAAAAAAUGAAUGGUGUUAAUGGAGGUGAACUUGACGCCCUGUUGGCAACUUUCUCCACUGUCCAAAAGUACCGUUAUUCCACUUGUUUACAACAUGCACGUAUGACGAAUGGGUGAAAUGGCCCCAGAAGCAGCAAAUUCACACAAGAGUUCUUGGUGGCUCAUUUUUGGGGCAGUUUGCGCCCUCACUUUAACCACAAGGUUUUAUAAAAUCGCAGAACCCGAUCAUGUUUGCUGGGAUGAGACUCAUUUUGGAAAAAUGGGGAGCUGGUACAUUAAUAGGACGUUCUUCUUUGAUGUACAUCCACCCCUGGGCAAGAUGUUAAUAGGGCUUUCUGGGUACUUGACGGGCUAUGAUGGGACGUUUGCUUUUGAUAAACCAGGUGAUAAGUAUGACAACACCAGCUACUUAGGAAUGAGAGUGUUUUGUACCGCUUUGGGGGCCACCCUGAUCCCCAUGGCGUUCCUAAUUGUUGAAGAGACCACACAGUCAAUCACAGCGGCCACUUUUGCCGCUUUAUUAAUUUUAUUUGAUGUGGGGAUUUUAACGUUAACUCAGUACAUAUUGUUGGACCCCAUUUUAUUAUGUUUCAUAAUGGGCUCAAUCCUGGGAGCUGUAAAAGUAUCAUCGCGUCGAAUCCAAGAGUUCUCCGUGUCAUGGUGGCUGUGGCUAAUCUUCACAGGCACAAUGUUAGCGUGUUGUGUUUCUGUGAAAUUCGUAGGGCUUUUUGUGGUAUCACUAGUGGGUCUCAUGACUACAGCGGACUUGUGGAAAAUUCUUGGUGACAUGACACGACCAGUGACGGCCACUGUUAAGCAUUUAGUAGCAAGAGGAAUUUGUCUUAUAAUGUGGCCGGUGAUCCUUUAUAUCACGUUCUUCUACAUCCAUCUGGCGGUUUUAAACCGCAGCGGAAAUGGAGAUGGGUUCUAUAGCUCGGCUUUUCAGUCUCAACUCAUUGGGAAUAGUCUGCACAAUGCCAGUAUGCCUCGGCAGGUGGCGUACGGGGCGCUAAUCACCUUGAAGAACCACCGGACUGGAGGCGGGUACCUCCACUCCCAUUACCAUUUGUACCCAGAAAAUGUGGGCGCCAGGCAGCAACAAAUCACCACUUACACCCACAAAGACGACAACAACAAAUGGCUGAUCAAAAAAUACAACACCGAAGACACCAGCGGUAUCGUGGUGGUCCGCAGUGGCGACCUCGUCCGACUAGAACACGUACCAACAAAGCGCAACCUCCACUCGCACAAAGAACAAGCUCCGAUUACAAAAAAGCACUUCCAAGUGACAGGAUACGGGGAAAACGGCACCGGAGAUGCCAACGACGUGUGGAGAGUAAGUGUGGUAGGCGCCAGAGACGGCACCGAAGUCACCGCCGUAAGCAGCAAACUCAAAUUCGUGCAUUACUUGCAAUCGUGCGUUUUGACGACCAGCGGCAAGCAGUUACCCAAAUGGGCCUACGAACAACAGGAAGUUUCCUGUAAUCCGAAUCUCAGAGAUCCUAAUGGAGUGUGGAACGUGGAAGAGAACGUCUUCGAAAAAUUACCUAAUGUCAGUUUUGAAGUUUACGCUCCCAGUUUCUUGGAACGGUUUCUGGAGUCGCACGCUGUGAUGUUUCAAGGGAAUGCGGGUCUUAAACCUAAGGAGGGGGAGAUAACGUCGCGGCCGUGGCAGUGGCCAAUCAAUUAUCGGGGACAGUUCUUCUCGGGGUCCAGUUACCGGGUUUACCUUCUCGGGAAUCCAGUGAUUUGGUGGAGUAACUUGGGUUUUCUUUUUGUUUUCGUGGUAAUUUUUGCGUGUAACGCGAUUCGGCAGCAGCGGGGGUACAUUAAGUCGUUUUCUGAAGCCAAUAAGGACAAGUUGGUGGCUUGUGCGUGGUUGUUUUUAGGGUGGCUUUUGCAUUAUGUGCCGUUUUGGGCGAUGGGCCGGGUUUUGUAUUUCCAUCAUUAUUUUCCCGCGCUGCUGUUUAACUCCAUGAUUACAGGUAUUAUCAUCGAUUAUUUGUUGGAAGAAAUACCGAAGUUCUUUGGGGAAAAAUUCGGUAAUGUUGUUUACCACACUCUGGUGGCGCUCGUGCUAUCCACCGUGGUCUACAGUUUUUAUUUAUUUUCGCCGCUUACGUACGGAAUGAGCGGCCCCAACGCCAACGAACCCAACUCGACCAUGUAUGGCCUAAAAUGGUUGGACACUUGGGAAUUCUGAUUCAUGAUAUUGCCUAGACUGUAAAUUUUUAUAAAAAAAAUAAAUCCAUACAUACAUUAA